AUGUUUUGUGACAAAGAUACAAUCGAGUCAUUAAAAUUAAAACUGAAAUCUGUCACUAAAGAGAAAUUAUCAAAAGAAAGAGAAGUUUUGAAAUUACGCAACAAAGAACGAUCGCUUACCGACGAGCUCAAUGCUAUCAAAUCAGAAGUGGAUCAUUUAGCAGAUAAUUUAGAGAUCCUGAAAAACCAAUUAACUCAGAGUAAAAACCAGAUAUCAAUGAUUGAAAUGUGCACAGCUUCAGAGGAUUUGAAAGUCGACAUGCAUGUUGGUACUCUAAACCAGCACUUGGAAGGUUUUCAAGUACUUUUUGACAGAGACCGAAGAGAAAUAGAGGAGCGUAUAAAAGAACAAAGGGACAAAGAAGCGAAGGAACAAGAAGAAUUGCGUCUUAAGGAAAAGCAGAUAGCUGAAGAAAAUCAACGUCACGAGCGAGAAGCUGCCGCGAUCGCAGAGGAAUGUCAAGCUAUUGAGAGUGAAUGCGCUGUGCUAAAGAAAAGAAAUAAUGCAAUAAUGCUGAAGCUAAGAAAAAGGUUGCUUGAAGCUGAAAACACAAGACGCGAAGUAAUGAAACGAAACGCUUCUCAAUUAAAUACCCAGCAAUAGCUUUGGACCAUGAUGUGAAUAUUUUUGCAACCAUUCUUGUCCUUUGUUCGUAAUUUAUCAAUAAAAAGCACUUAUAUGAUAAAA